GCCUCCGCAGCCUCCGGCCGACGGCGCAUGGAACGCGUCAGCGCGCGGUGCUUGCGUGCUUUCGAGAACGCACACGAAAACGCGCCCGCUCGCUCGUGCGAGCGCGCGUCCCUCUGCGUGUUUUGGAACGCACGCACAGCAUCUGCCUGUGCAGCAACCACCAGCGCGCGCGGCACAUGGUCCUCCCGUGGUGCCCUCCCGACGGGCAGGCAUCCCCGAUCGCGUACGUCGAGGUCAGCUCUCCGCACGGGGUGAUUCGAUCAGUAGCGCGAGCGUGGCACGAGCGCGACAGCCAGCGCACGCAGUAAGGAGCAGGGGAAGGGGUCCAGCGGUGGCGCGGGGAAGCGGGCCACCCGUGUCCUUGUGUCAUGAUCGGUUUCGAGGUCCGCGCGCGACACGCCGUCAUUAGCUGACUGAAAAACCACUCCAAGGUCGAGCACGAUGUCGGGGAACCAGAGGAACCGCGGCGGAACCAAGGAAGACCCGAUAUCGCGACGGCCAGCACGUGACGUGUCGCGGAGGUCCCCGGCGGGGAAGUCGUAGCAGAAUGUAUUAGGCGAUAUCGGUCCGAUCGACGGGGAUCGGGGAUUAUCGAUCGAUCGAGCGAGCGAGCGAGCGGGCAAAACGACGGCGGUGGUCGAACCGCGAGGAAUUGUGCCUGCCAAAGUGGUUCGAACCUGCGACACGCUUACUCUCGCUGCAUGCGGAGAGGAGAGAGCCGUACCAUUUCACCGUGGAUAGGAUCCGCGGGAGAUUUGCGGCAAGCCGAGCAUAGGUACGCGCGCGCACGAGCGUGUCACACGCGUGCACCGGAGUACACGCGUCUCUAGCGAUGCACAGCAUAGAGACCCUACCACCUACGGUAUGAUGCGGUUCUUUGCUCUCGAUAGCUAAAAGCGGGUAAUACACGGUAUUUGUGGCGAUAAAAGCGGACUACUACUCGAGACUGCGGAAAGGAGAGAGGGACUGCCAAGGAGAAGAGCGACGGAGACGGGAAACGAGAAUAGGAGGAAAGACGGGGGAGAGAAAUUGCUCGUGAGAGAAGCGGAGGGGAAAGAGGGAGAGAGAGGGGUAGAGGGAGAAAGGGGGAGGGGGGGAGAGAGAGAGAGAGAGAGAGAGAGAAGAGCUAGAGAGUAAUGAUCGUGACGACGGUCGUGCGGACAAAUGAACACCUCGGCACAGCGUUUGGGAUAUUCCAAAGAUGUAAGGAAUGAUCACGUGGAUGAUGGUCGGGCUGCUUCUGGCUGCGGAAACUUGCGGCAGAAACGUCCUCUCCGGAAACGGAAACGGAAACGGAAAGGAGGAGACGAAGCGGCGGGAGGGCCUGAAGGGUGUCACCGCGGACGAAGAAGAUAUCUAUCGUCUAACGUGCUACACUUGCGUCAACGUCAGCGAUAACCAGAUGUGCAACGAAUGGGCGAUAGACACACCGUGUCCGGUGGGCAGCCGUGAUUUUUGUCGAUCGCUGCACAUUCUGGACAGCCGCGGAAACAGUGUCCUGGUAAGCAAGAGUUGCGCCAGCAGCGAGGAAUGCGGGCCAGCGUCGGUCGGUUGCAUUCCCGUGGACACGCAGCAGAUUUGCAUAAGUUGCUGCGACCUGAGCUACUGCAAUAUCGAGUCGCCCAGCAACGCCACCAACGCGAUCUAUUCCCGCAAACGGCGCGCCAAGUCGAAAUCGAAGCGCAAACGGCCCGGGAGAAACGGGGUCGACGCGGCGACGCGACUCUACGGAUCCAGCCUGCUCUGGCUCCCCGCCUCGCUCUUCUAUGCAUAUCAUUGCUGAGGAAGCAGUAACACUGCUAAAACCACGCACGCGAAGCGGACAGCGCGGAAAUCGCACGCGCGCCGCGGUUAUCGCCGCGGCGAACAGACGGCGCGCGACUGACUUCACACCGAUCGAACGUUCCUCUCUGUGAUUUCUUCCGCGA